AAAACCCGGAAGUGGAUUCUACCAUCUUCUUGGAGUCGGGGUAGGAAAAAGGCACAAAAAACUCCGAGUUCCUAGUUGGGAUGCUAUCCAGAAACACGAUAUUGUAUAACUUCACGAAAUGACUAAAUUCUCUCUAUUCUUGGCUUGUGGGUUCUAAAGUUUCCGUCUGUGACUUCGAAGCCCCCCCCACAGCUCCCUAGAUGAUAGAAGUUUCCGAAGACCGCCGAUUCCAGAAAGUACUGUCGGCGUUAAACUAGUCUCAAGUGAAAAAUAAGUCUCACGCGGGUUGUGCUGCGCAUGCGCGAGCUGUUGACUCCUCCCACGAGCGGAAGGUGCGCGCUCGGUUGUUCCGGAGUGGUCUCCGCCGGUUGCGGGAGAAUAACCACUGCUGCUGCACUAUGGCGUCUGUAGGGACUCUCGCCUUCGAUGAAUAUGGGCGCCCUUUCCUCAUCAUCAAGGAUCAGGACCGCAAGACUCGUCUUAUGGGACUGGAGGCUCUCAAGUCUCACAUAAUGGCAGCAAAAGCUGUAGCAAAUACAAUGAGAACAUCACUUGGACCAAAUGGACUUGAUAAAAUGAUGGUUGAUAAGGAUGGUGAUGUGACUGUAACUAAUGAUGGUGCCACCAUUUUGAGCAUGAUGGAUGUUGAUCAUCAGAUUGCCAAGUUGAUGGUUGAACUAGCCAAAUCACAGGAUGAUGAAAUUGGAGAUGGAACCACAGGAGUGGUUGUCCUGGCUGGGGCCUUGUUGGAAGAAGCCGAGCAGCUGCUGGAUCGUGGCAUUCACCCGAUCAGGAUCGCCGACGGCUAUGAGCAAGCCGCCCGCAUUGCUAUCGAGUUCCUGGACAAGAUCAGCGAUAGUGUCCUUGUUGACGUAAAGGACACUGAGCCCCUGAUUCAGACUGCUAAAACCACGCUGGGCUCCAAAGUGGUUAACAGCUGUCACCGACAAAUGGCUGAGAUUGCUGUGAAUGCUGUUCUCACUGUGGCCGAUAUGCAGCGCAGAGACGUUGACUUUGAGCUCAUCAAAGUAGAAGGCAAAGUGGGUGGGAGGUUGGAGGACACUAAACUUAUUAAGGGCGUGAUUGUGGACAAGGAUUUCAGUCACCCACAGAUGCCAAAAGAAGUAGAAAAUGCCAAGAUUGCAAUUCUCACAUGUCCAUUUGAACCACCGAAACCAAAGACAAAGCAUAAGCUGGACGUCACCUCUGUAGAAGACUAUAAAGCCCUUCAGAAAUACGAGAAGGAGAAGUUUGAAGAGAUGAUUCAGCAAAUUAAAGAAACUGGAGCUAACCUAGCUAUUUGCCAGUGGGGCUUUGAUGAUGAAGCAAAUCAUUUACUACUUCAGAACAACUUGCCUGCAGUUCGUUGGGUAGGAGGACCUGAAAUCGAGUUGAUUGCCAUUGCGACAGGAGGGCGGAUCGUCCCGCGCUUCUCAGAGCUCACAGCUAAGAAGCUCGGCUUUGCUGGGAUUGUAAAAGAGAUCUCAUUUGGGACAACUAAAGACAAGAUGCUGGUCAUCGAGCAGUGUAAGAACUCCAGAGCUGUAACCAUUUUCAUCAGAGGAGGAAAUAAGAUGAUCAUCGAGGAAGCAAAACGAUCCCUUCACGAUGCUUUGUGUGUCAUCCGGAACCUCAUCCGUGAUAAUCGUGUGGUGUAUGGUGGAGGUGCUGCUGAAAUUGCUUGUGCUUUGGCAGUUAGCCAAGCAGCAGAUAAGUGCCCAACCUUGGAGCAGUAUGCCAUGCGAGCAUUUGCCGAUGCCCUGGAGGUCAUCCCCAUGGCCCUUGCCGAGAACAGUGGCAUGAAUCCCAUUCAGACGAUGUCCGAGGUCCGAGCCAGACAAGUGAAGGAAAUGAACCCUGCUCUUGGGAUUGACUGCAUGCACAAGGGUACAAAUGAUAUGAAGCAACAACAUGUCAUAGAAACCUUGAUUGGCAAAAAGCAACAAAUCUCUCUUGCAACACAGAUGGUUAGAAUGAUUUUGAAGAUUGAUGAUAUCCGUAAGCCUGGAGAAUCUGAAGAAUAAAGAAAAAAUUUAGAGUAAAAUGUAGUAGUAAGAACCACUAUUGUGAUUAAAUAAAAGGGUGUCUUAUGAUACAUCUACAGUUAUUUAUUAUUAUGUUCUUUUUCAGACACUAUAGAUGCUAUAAUAAAAAUAGUUGUUUGGUAACCAUAGUUUCACUUGUUCAAAGACAUAAAAUUGCAGUAGGAACAAUGUCUCACAAGCUUUUGUAUUCAUUAUAUUAAAGAGAUCUCUUUAAAAACCA